GAACUUGCUCAUAUCUUCAUGUGUUAGUAUCCACCCUUAGUCUGAAGCUAUCUUCGUGGUGAACUCUCCACCAGUCUCCUGAGCCCUCCAGUUUUCUGGAGACUUGACUUUUCAAUCUGUUGUACUAGUAGAAAACCUAAAAUAUUUGCCUAAUAUUUGCGUAAUACUUGUGUACCUAGUUAGUAGUUGGGGUAUGGAGAACUGUUCCGCCUGGAUGAGGGGAGAUAAACGCAAAGCUCUGCUUGUGUUUGUUGCAAUUUGUUUACAAGGAAUUAUCAUCUACCUGUCUGCUGUUAUUGAUAACACCUAUUACGUCACUCAUCUACUCAACAGAGGAAUCCCUAAUAUUCAAGUAGGACUGAUCGGCAUGAUACCAGCCAUUGGAAACAUUCUGAUGGCAUUCUACGACUUCCUUUACUAUUUGCUACAUAUAAAGAAAUUCUCAUUACGCGGUGUCGGAAUCAUUGUUAUGGCAACCAUGAUUGUUAAUUGUGCAGGCCAGGGUGUGGUGGAAUAUCUUCCGAAAGAGUACAACCACCUUCUAUCCGCGGUUCUCAUGCUUCUAAAACUGUUCCAAGGAAUCUUGAUAUUUCUCUGUUGCAAAGUUUAUGUAGAGGAAUGUAGUGUUUGGUUUCCCGACCACGUGACCCUCAUUCUGGGUCUUGUAGUUAGCACUAAUUAUAUUGGUGGAGCUACAGCUAUACUGAUGGGUGGAUACUUAUACGACCUUCUCAGCUUCAACGAGCCGUACUUAAUAGCCAGUCUGAUUUGUGCAGUUUGUUUGCUUUUCAGCUUUUUUGUCUUGCCCCCAACUUCAGAUCCAUUGUACCGCAAGGCUAAGGGUGAGGGCAAUGAUGAUAAGGAUGAUCAUGAAAAUGCUCAAUCUGCUACCGUAGAGGAAACGACCGAGAACUCGGGCGUAACAAAAGAAAAGGGGCUUACUUGGCUUGUGAUAUUUCCUCUGGUUGCGCAUGGUCUAUGUGCUAUUUCGGAAGGUUUCAUUUCAGCUAUAACAACACCUUACCUUCAAGAUGAGUUUGGAAUGGAGAUUAGUCAGGGCAGCAGCUACGUGUUCGUCAUGUACAUAGCCUUUAUAAUCGGAUCAACUGUAGCAGGGUACGUUCUACAAAUGGGCUGGGUGUCCCCCUUCAAGACGAUGGGAACAGGAUCUGCCCUCGCUAUGAUAGGACUCCUGCUCAUGUUCCCUGGGCAAGGUUCGAAGGAGUUUUACGACCUUGUCCCGGAGUUGGCAUACCUAGGAAAUGUUUUCAUAGGGAUCGGAAACCAGUUCAUAUCCAUCGCAGCACUUGAAGCUCUAGAGGUGACUCACGUGACUAUUGCGGGACGAGAAUACACCGGAAAGAGUAAGUCACUGGCUGAAUCCCUCUGGAUACUAGGAUGGUGGAUUUCCAUAUAUGUUGGUCACUUGUUGACUCUCAUGGUCAUGAAGUACAUGACAUUCACUACCGGGGGCUGGCUGGUGGCUGGGUGCUCUGGUCUGUCUGUUUGUUUCUGUGCCGUUUUUGAGGUUUGGACGAUCAGAUCUUCUCGCUCUCUGGUGGUGACACCAGUGGAACCAUCACCUUCUCUGAUCAUUAGUAACCAAACAGUUUUAUGAUUACCUUAAUUUGGAAUAUUAGGACAGGACUGCAGGAAACAUUGGACUAGUCUUACAACUUGUUCUUCAUCCAAAUCUCUCAUUGGAGUUCACCAUCCCAUUGCCUCUUCUUCUUUCUUCGUCUUCUUUUAUAUAUAUUCAACAGAGACACCCACAGAGUGGUUGAGUUUUUAGACCUCGUGCUCUUCACGAGUUCCAGCUGCUUACCCUCGAGGUGACCCAGGGGAAUAGCUUGUGUAAAAAAGAUAUUGUAGUAGACUACUUAUAAGCCCACGGAGUGUUCUGGGCUGAUCUUCCCAGUUCUGAUAACAUAACAGAUCUGAAUAGAGAAUUUGAUUAAUAAUUAUUGUAGCUUACUGUGCCUCGCAUACCUUUUCAUUUAUCAUUAAUUUAUAUACAAUUAUUUUACAUUUUUAUUAACAUGUUUUUCUUCACGCCGCGUUACAAUGUUAUCCAUAAUUCACAAAACCCUUCAGCCUUGUGCUUGGUCGAAAGGGGGAAUGGUCGCUGGUAUUUGACGCUCAGAUGAGUUGCAAUUUGAUCACAAAGUUUAUACUUUUACAAAGCAUUUCCGUCAUACUGUUUUAAACGUGCACAUGUUGCACCGCUUUGUUGGCCAGUAUCAACUCCAUUUUUUGGACUUUGGUCGCUUAUACGGCCUAAGCGGUAUACAAAUAAAGCGUUAUUAUUAUUAUUAUUAUAUUUAUGAAUAAGCCGCUUCUUAGUGAAACUGGCUAUAUA